GCCACCGAUUCAGCUGUCUUUCUCUGGCUUCCGACCUAACCUCCACCUCUUUGAGUACCCGACCUGUACACAAACUGUCUCGAUUUUCUUUGUGAGAUGCCUUGUUCUUGCUUCCGUGAACAAAGACUAUUCUUGUCUGAUCGCUUUCUUUGUCCGACGACAUGGCGAGAUGCAACCACCUUAAUUAUGGACUCAUCUUCACCAUUAUUCUCCUCAAUCUAAACUAUGGUAUUUCACAAUAUUGCUAUCUGGCACUGUGUACGCUCACUACAUUCACCUACACGCAAUGAUCAGCAACAUUGCUAUCGCGCUCCUUGCUGCGCAUACCGUCACCGGUGCCGCAAUUAAGCGCGAUGAGCCCACAAUUUCAUGCACCGAGGGCCAGGCAUCGAGCACUAAUCUUGCCACCCGACCAUCUGCGUCAGUCCCUUCUUACUCGAACGUCGUCCCAAGCUCCAGUGCCAGCAUCUCAUCGAGCGUUGUUCUUAAUUCUAGCUCAACUCCUACCUUGUCUUCCUAUCCCAUCGGACUCCUGAGCAGUAGCCCCCUCCCGAGCUUUACUGGCGAUAUUAGCUCCGCUACGAGUAGCAUGCUCUCUUCUAGCAGCACAAACGCCAACUCAAGCAUCAUCUCCUCGACCACACCUGCUUCGUCUACGCUGACCCCUUCGCCCGUUACUUCUUCUCGCUCUGGUCUUCGCACGCGUUCCCCAAAUCAUUCUUCGAGCGUCAUGCCUUCUAGCCUAGCUUUCGUCUCGUCUAGCUUAACGCCCACCCCUCAAUCCAGUGGAUAUUUCGUUAGACAGUCAAGCACUGCUACUGUUUCGAGCGACACUUCCCUGACCGCACUGCCGAUCGUCGGUGGCAGUUCUGGUUGUGUUGCCGCCUUCACUGAAACCAUCUAUGCCACGGCAUCGGUGCCUACAACGAUCAUGGAAAUGCUGACGACGAUUCACACUACCAGCACGGUAGCCGUGACUUUGCCUGCUUUGUCUUCUGUCCCAAUGCUAUCGGAGCUUGCUCCCACUCCUGUUCCCCAGUCUUCCGGAUAUCCUUCAAGCGAACAAAGCUCUAGCUUGAGCAGCCCCAGCCCCAUCUCCACGAUCCCGGAAACAAGCAUAGUCCCAAGCAUGACCUCCGACUCCGUCUCUGUCCCUGGUUCAAGUGGAGCUCCGGUAUACGUGCCAAGUUCUGCGCGGGCCUCUGCACCGGCCUCGUCCUCAGCCAUUCUUUCCUUGCCAGUUGUGCCUUCCCCAUUCCUGCCAGGGUUCAGCUACCCGGCUUCCACGCCGGGACAGCCGACAGCCUCUUUUUACACAGGUCCCCCUCCAUCGUCUUACGGAAUCAACAACAGCACAGGCGCUUACUCUAAUGGGACGGCGGCCUCGGCAUCUACAACCAUGAUAUCCACAGGUCUUGGGCGGAUCGUGUCAACCAACACCAUUUCUUCUAACUCUGUACCCAUUCCCACCGGAAAUUACUCGAUGGCGACAAGUAGCAGCCCGGUGUCGCCUUCGUCCUCAUCGACUGUCGCAUCUAGCCCCAGUGUGCUGUCAAGCCCCACACAGGGAUAUCAGACAGGAGCACCAUCGUUGACAACUACGACUAGUCAUUCUAUAAUCAUGGUCAUACCCACCAGUACCAACGGCGUACAGUACAAGCGGGAUAUAAUAUCCAUUAACCUUGCUUUUUCCGCGGCGCAGUCUCCGUCUAAACCACUAUCAAAAUCCACAGUGGGCAACGAGGUCAAGACUAUUGUGGUACCCCAAGAUCCGCGCUGUCCGUAUCCAUAUCCAGCGAUCCGUUGCGGGGAGCCAUCCACAACAGUGACAACCGUCAAGAAGGCUACGCCGACCUCGAAGCAGAGCACGAAAAAGACUGGGUCCGUCGCUUGGUGCAUGUACCCAUACCCUGGUGGGAAGGGAGAGGCUUGUCCAUGAUUCUCCGAUUUUGCUGUCUUUACUGCCUUGAUUUGUUUUUGUGUUUCUAGAUAUACAAGAGGACUGUCCUGGACGCAGACACUGGUCGUUGUCCUAAGUGGAAAUGCCGU